AUGCAUCAGCAAGCCCGAGCACCUGCGAGGCUCUCCUCGCCCCCUUCGUCACAGCCGAGCCAAUCUCGAAAUAGCAGCACGAGAGAGGCACUCCAAGGGAACCGUCAGCGUGCCGGCUCUACCGUCUCCGGGGUGGACGCCAUGAGCCCUUCGGGAACGGAAAAUGUCCCAGCCAUUGGUCCUCCCGCCGAGUCCGUCAAGAAGCUCGAUCAGAUUGUCCAAAACUUCUAUGCCAAGGCUGCCGUCCUCAUCCUCGACGCGCGCAUAAAGGUCACGACGACGCGGAAUGCAAAUGGCAUGUCGAAGACGAAUAAAUGGUUCCAAAUCGAAACGGACGAGAUAGACGACUUUCGAGACGAGUUCAAGGUGUGGAAGACGUGCGGCAGCCUCGAGAACCAGCCUCCGACGAUGAUCAUCGAAGUCUACCUCGACCUGUCGCUCCUGAGAGAAAGCCAAAGCCUCGUGAUGAUUGAUGACGACGGCAAGCGGUGGAAUGUCAGCGAACAGCUGAGUGCCUCGGCUUCGUCGACCGCCAGCAACUCGCCCAGCGGCGCCCUCGGAAGCGCCGAGGUCGUCCUCGAGCGAUGGCGGGUGGAGUUGAAGUCGACGCACACCAAGCUCGUCGACGACUUCGGCCCUGUUUUGCCAACCAUCUACAAGAAGGCCAUCGUCUUCUUCAGAACGCUAUUCAUGAAAACCCGGCUGAACCCGGUGUGGAAGGUUGUCGGCGCCGCGCCGAGUGCACAUCCCGCCCUCGUACCUCGCUGCCGAAUUCGGACGUCGGAGCCGCACCGAUCGAGUCACGACCCGCUACGGCAGUCUCUCGAUGGCCACCCGGACCCCGUGUCCGAGUACAUGUUUGGCGACCUCGACGUCCCCGUCGGCCGCUUGCGGGCCUCGGUCGCCUACCGAAACUGCUGUCGGUUUCGCGUCGACGACUCCGAGUCGCUGCUGAGCUCCCACUUCAUGAGAGCCGACGAGAACUUCUUCAAGCCGUCGUUGCCGCCCCACGGAGGACGAGAGCACGAGGCGACGGCGGGGCUGGCCUCGCUUCGUUCCAACCACCGAGCGCCCGACCCUGCCGAGAUACCCCAGACCUACGGCAGCCUCUCGACCUUUCACACCGACCAACGCGUGGGCACGAGCCCGAUAUCAGCCCUGAGAGCUGUGAAGCCUCCCGGAUCGGAUACGAGUUCUCCUCCGGCAUCGUUCCCCUCCUACCAUGGCAUCGACCCGCCCAACUCUCUGCCCAUCCGUGCGUCCUCCACUCGCGUUCCCGUUCGCCAUGGGGACGGGCACGCGAGGAGGACAUCCAUAUCCACCUUCCAGCCGUUCAAGGCUGGAUCCUUGUCCGGCUCCCCUGUUCCGCGCACCAUGGACCCUGAAUCGCCCGUGUCGACGCACGCGCUCAGCCGCCCGAGUUUGAUAUCCGGCUCUCGACCCAGGACUCGCUCGUCGCUGACGGCGGGCAUGCCCUCGUCACUUCGUGGAGGCCCGCCGGCCACGACCGCCGCGGACCCGCUGGUGAUCGGAUCGCCUCGGCCAAGCUCGACGAGCCGCUACAGCAGCAGCUUCACCCAUCGCCGCGCCCGCUUGUCCAUGGGCGGUGCGAGCAAGGGCGGUGAUGAGGAGAACAGCAGUGGACGCCAGAGCCUCGCUUCGUCCCUGGCGCAGCCCGGAUCCGGGCUCCUCGCCGAGGCGGGACCUGCCAGUUCCGGUUCGAUCCAUGCGGAGGGGGACGACAUUUCCGACUUCCUCAAGGCCCUCGACAGCAAGAAGACGCUCAAGAGCUUCGAGCCGGCGAAGAAGGGGGAAUCGGCAACGAACAGGACGGUGGCGCAGCUUUCCCGGUUUCGCAUGAUGAGGGACUCGCACAAUGCGCUCGGCGACUCCAUGACGUCGUCGAUGCAGAUGCAGCGCUCCUCGAGCACCUCGAGCCGACAGCUGCCGAGCGUACCUAGCAUGACCGUCCCGCCGUCCAUGUCCACGUCCACGUCGCCCGGCAAACCGGCAUCGCCGCACACGCCGCACACGCCGGCGAUUCCUUCCCGGCUCAGCGAAAACUCCAUCAUCGACUACGGUGCCACCGGACGUGUUCCCGCGGCGAGCAGACGUCCCCAGGAGCCAACGGUGGCGGAAGUCAGCAGGGAGAAUAGCGCGGUCCAGGAUGGCACGCCGGCCAUGGACAUACCUCUAUCGCCGCUUCUCAACUCGUACCAGCGCCGGUCGAGCUCGGUCGCCCAAAAGAAUCGGACCUUAAUCGAAGUGGACGAAAAUGAGUUGGCCUUUGCCGCGGGACAUCGGAGCAUCAGCCUCGGCGCCAGCGACCGAGAGCCGCCGACGCUGAGCACCCUGUUGGGGCGGCAGAUGGAACUGGAGAGCAGCUCGGCCGGGCGAGACAACGUCCCGACGGGACUCCAGCCCGCCGCCGAGAUUCAGCCUUCCGGUUCCGGAUCGUCCGAGGUUAUGCAGCGCGGGUCCGCCGAAGCAAGCCUGCCCGACGGUCUCAUUCGAACUUCCGCCCCAUCCAGCUCCCCCCUUCCGAGGAGGCGCUACGCAGGCAUGGCGGCCGCGGCGAGGGAGACGCCUCGACGAUCCUCUCGCGGCAGCAUCACCGGAUCCUCGAGCAAGCUUGGGCGUCCCGACGAUGAGUCCGAAGAACCGCUGGUGUUUGAUCUGUCCGAGAUGGAGGCUCACGGACGACGAAGUCUCGAGGAGGCUCGAGCCGGUCGCAACCUCAGUCUCGAGAGGAGCGCCGGCGAGCAGCGCGGAACGACGCGACGGGGGUGGACCUGA